AAUGUUAUUGCAGUGUUACUUAGUUUAAUCAUUAAAAAAAAGCACAUCAUACAGGUUUUGUAUGAACUUUAAAUAAAGAGGCUCUUGUGUGAAGGUGUCCUCCACUAGCUCUCAGCCUGUGGACGUGGAUGUCUCACACAGUCGUCACUCUCAGGGGGGCAGAAAGACUGUCUUUAUCUGUGGGCUGCUGGGCCAUCGGGGAUCAGCAGCAGUCACGGCUCCAUUAUCUGUGAGAAGACAGCAGCCCGUGUCUGCCCCGCGUUCACAGAUAAACAGUUGCCAGAAUAUAAUCCCCUCCCACACACAGGUCUUCUCAGAAGUCAGAGCUGCACUUUGUCAGUGGGAAGACGUUCUGCAUCGGAUCUGCGUGUGUGCAUGCACACGUGUUAAAAUUAUGGGCCGUAAUGUCACCAUAUAAACAAGAUAGGUUACACACUCAGGCUUGUGAUGUGUAUCAGAUACUCCUGAUACACACACCUGUGUUUGUGUGUGUGUGUGUUUGUUUUGUACACUGCUAGUGAAUGUCUGCAAGCCAUAAUUAAUAUUAUAUCCAGUCCUGUCAGUGGGUAACCCAUCACAUUCAUUUAAUUUAUUACUUUUUAUUAGUUUAAUGAAGAAAAUAGUGGUUUAAUACUUUUGUAGAUUUUGUAGAAGCUGGUACUGGUAGUCUCUAAUUUAGGCUCUUAUUUUGUCUUAAUUUUCCUACUUUUCUGCGUUUUGUUUUUUCCUCUGUUGACUUUAUUCGAAGUCGAUACAACCGACAGAAUGAAGUUACCUUUCCUAUUAAAAUCUGUUAGUUUUUUCAUGAUCACAAAAGCCAAUUUAUGGUGAUAGUCAUCAUCGUUUACGUUGACAUUUUUAAUUAACUAAAUUAAAUGUGAAGACAAAAGAACUUUGCUUACUAACUAACUCAAUAAUUUUGACUAACAGACAGACUCAUUUUUAAUAUCUGUUCGUAUCCAUUGUUCUUCUUCGAUUAUAUUAACUUGGCCUCGAUGUUUGGUAUUAAUUAUCAGUGUUUGAAAUAUAUGAUGUAUUUCCUUUGUAAAGGGAGUGUUACGUUAGCCUCAGUUUUGGUGCAUUCAGCCCUGAUUUGAACAGUAAUUUCAUUAAUAAUAAUUUUAUAAUUGCACUAUAAACACUAUAUCGUUUCUUGGUAAAAAAUAAAUUGCACAUUGUUUUUGCUCUGAAUGCCACAGAACAGGAAGACAGAGAGUGGAGGUGAGACAGAAGAGAGUUGUUGGCGAUUGUAAAAAACAAAAAGAACAGUCUUAAAGCAAGAAAAACACACGUAAGCAGUCGAGAUGGUCUGGUUUACGCUCCACCUUCUUAACGGUCAGAACCUACAUGAAAAAGAGAGAUUUGAAGGAUGACUCGCAGGCUGAGAGAGAUAGACAAGCAAGAGGAGGGAGAGAGAUAUCAAGAGGAGGAAUGGAGACGAGGGGUUUUGUCAGUUUGUGAGGCCUUUCAGCACUGAAGUGUGGACUGUAAUUAAUGAGCGACCUACUGACUGCGCCUGGCUUUGACCUUCUGUUAGCUGAGGGGACGACGGUCAUGUAAAAAGAAAAAAAAGACAAAGAAAAAGGAAAAAAAGAAAAAAAAAAUUCUACUACUGUUAAAUAACUGUUGAUCAAAGUGCUUGAUGGCUGUUACACAGGCCGCGCUCCCGUCCUUCAGCUCCUUCUCCAGCAUCGCUCACUCCGCCGACAGCAUGAAAGUCUGGAAGCCUGAGGGCGUCUCUCUGCCUCCGGACUCUCUCAGUAACAAACUGUCACCCAGCAGCACUGAGCAGCUGCAGGCCUCUCAGCAAGUCACAGAGGAGCUCCUUGACGAUGACAGCCGGGCAUCAUGGGACAUCGAGUUCCUGCUCUCUGAUUGGAGCAACCCCUCGCCUGACUUCAACCCCUCCCUGGAAAACACAGAUCAGCGGCUCCCACAGCAAGACCCAAACACAGCGUGUCAUGCUGUGGGAGCGUACCAAGACGGAAGCACCUUUGAGAGCCAGCCGGGCCCAGAGUGUGUGCCGGCGAGCAGCGGCAGCCUCGUCGGCGAGCUUCUGCCCCCUGCUCAGGCCACAGCGGUCCAGCCACAGCUGUACCACCGGGGUUAUGACGAGGACCACGUGGGGCGGACUUCAGUUCCCGGUCUAUCUGAUGUAGAUCAGUAUGGAUUCCCACAAGGAAGCAGAGGCAACCACGGUAAGGUCACAUCUUGGGACUACAACUCCUACUACUCCCAGCAGCACCCCCCGAUGACCGUGACCCUCCCAGACAGCAGAUUCAUGCCAACUCAAGCUUUGAACCCUGACCCCCGACACUACGGCUACAUGCCCAACUUCAACAACAACGCUACGUUAUUCUGUGACUACAGUCACAGUCACGGCCAUGCAACUGGUCACCUGCCCCUUCACCAGCAGCCCAUGCUCAUUGGACCCCAGCUGCCCCCUGCUGGGGUGGAAGGGAAGCGUGGGCGAAGGGCCACGGGGAAGAAGAGGCCGGCCAUCCACAGCUGUGAAUACCCAGGCUGCAUCAAGACCUACACCAAGAGCUCACACCUCAAGGCUCACCUUCGCACCCACACAGGGGAAAAGCCUUACCACUGUCCAUGGGAGGGCUGCAGCUGGAAGUUCGCCCGCUCCGACGAGCUGACGCGUCACUAUCGCAAGCACACGGGCCAGAAACCCUACGAGUGUCUGCUGUGUCAGAGAGCCUUCUCCCGCUCUGACCACCUGGCUCUGCACAUGAAGAGACACAACUGAAGACACACACUCACACACACACUCAUGUACAUAGAUUAACACAUAAGCCCUUUAAAACUGACAUUACAACCAGCAUUACUAGUUAACUGAGUAAUCGCUGCACUCAGGGAAACUUUAAAAAUAUAUGUUGCAAUUUACUUUCUUUUUUCUUUAAGCAUCUAUAACAUGAAAUAUUCUUUAGAUAAAAGAAAUGAUUGCACUGCUCUCAUAUUUUACUACUUAUACGACAAAUAGCUUAGUAUCAAAUUGAUACAGCGAGACAAACAUAAGAGACUCGUGUUACCCACAUGUGCUACUUGGUCACUCCAGGUGUUUUGUGCUCGUAGCAGCCAAAGCGAAAUCUUUGGUCUUCAGCUUUAAUCUUUAAAGGAAGUUACGCUUUUCAAGACCCAUAACUACAAACUACUGGUUUGCUGGGUGAAGCUAAUCAAGUAUAUACUGAAUAACCACCAGGGGGAGACUCUGCUUAUAGCAAAUGGAAAUCCAAGUAAAUGUGAAAUAUAAGCCUACUACUCACUUGAUUUAAACGUCAGUUAACAUUUCGCAGUCGUAUCUAAUUGGUGUGACUGUGAUUUAAACCGCUUCCUUCCCCAAGUGUGUCAGGGAACUACGGUGGCCUUUGCGUGCCAGAAAUGUUGUUAUUUAUCUCUGUUUGCGUGCUCAACUUCUGCUUUAAUAAAACCCUAAAUGGAGGCUCGGGCUGGUUUGGCCAUUUUGGCUGCUGUACAAAUGUUGGCAGAGCAGGAUGGCCGUGUCCACAAAGCAAGGCCUCACCUAAACUACACAUAAACAUCUUUGGAAGAACCAAAUGUAUUUUAUUCUAAUGCUUGAUUAUUAGUUAAUACAGUAGUACAGUCAAUGUUUGCCAAGGUGUUACUCAGUGGACCUUUAAUGUGGCAGCGUAGGAUCCAGUAUAGAUUGAAAUGAGUUAAAGUAGUUACUUGGACAUCAUCGAGAUAAGACUUUUGGGACCUUCGUUAAACGUCAUGAUGCCUCUAUACUUAAAACGCAACCAUUAAAGCUCAUUCUUUAUCUCAUGCAUUAAAGGUAGGGUUGGAGAUCCUGAACAAACAGUUGAAUUGAAAAAGUCCAAGCCCCUUUUCUUUCUUCAGACAACAACAAUCACAGAUUCACGAGCACUGCGCGGCAUCGCUAACUUUCGCUACUUUUCGGUUACGCUAACGUUUUUUUUUUUGGAUACUACUCAAAUGACAACGUGAUGCCGAAAAACAUCAAAUAAUAAGGUCACAGACAUAAGGUUAACCUACCUGUCUAGUGGAAACAUCACUUUUUAACCCUUUCUGGGCUUUCAGUUGUCGCUACCGUUGAAACUGGUCUUGGAUCGCUCUGCAUCAGCCCUUUUCUUGGCAGUAGCUUUUCCCUUAAAAACGUCUUUCGUUUGCGACCGACACCUGUCGUUGGCGCCUUUUCUGUCAUAACGUCGCUGCAACUGUCUUGUUGGAUUUAGCAAGCUAGCAAGCUAGGAUCUCCCACCCCACCUUUAAUAAGUUUCACAGCGGCCAUCUUGACAUGAUUUAGCAGGAAAAAGCACGGGUGUUACUGAUCACAGACCUGAAACUGAGGAAGCUAAAUGGAACUCAGCCACCGUUCAGCUGAUUCUUUACAUACACGUACCCGUCUAAAAUGGCUGCCGCGUGGCCCCCAAUUGUAAAGUGAACAGCCAAACCUUGUACUCACUCAUGCGUUCCUCCAGGACGCAAACAUGCAAACUCCCACAUGUAUUGCAAUAAGGGCUUGGAUACACACUGUACACACUCUGGGCACAAAGACAGCAGACUUAAACACUAACAAAAACAAACAACAACAACUAAAACUAAAAAUGUAUGUAGCAUGUGCAGCAGAAACUCACGGCUCACAAAGUCAUGCUCCACCUCUGCAAUGCUGUGACAUCUUUAUCUGAUUUCCCUUCACCGAACCCUCACCCCCAUAAAUGAUUGUAACUUUGAAGUAAAUGAUUGUACAGGAAAGGCAGUUAUGUAGUUUUUUUUAAUCAACACUUUAUGUCUUUGUUUGUUGAAUUAUAAUUUAAGUAAAAUGUAAGUGCGCCUUUU